CUCUUACCAGCAGCCAGUAUUCACCACUUUGUUCUCUGUGCGGUAUUGACGAUUCCUGUCAAACAAAGAUGUGCAAACGCGUUCGAGAUGAUCUUGAACCAUCUACGGAGAAUGCAUCUAAGCAGAAAACUCCACCUGGAGCUGCAAAAACGUCCCGUUUUAUCCAGGAUAAGGCGAAACGUCGAGCGACGUUCUCUAAACGACGCGCAGGUCUCUUCAAAAAGGCGUUAGAACUUUCUGUGCUUACAGGGACUCAGAUUAUGGUUAUUGCUGUCUCUGAAAGUGGAUUCGUACAUACCUUUGCGACUUCAAAGCUCGAAGGUGUUGUCAAUUCGAAGGAAGGUCAAGAAAUUAUUGCCAGAUGUUUACAGGAUCCUAGUGUUCCAGACUCCGUUGAAGUGGAAGAAGAGGGAUUAGAAAAUUGCGAUCUAGGAUCAGAUUUUGGAGCGUUUGAAAAAAGUAAGGAUGCGAACAAAGAAGCAAAUUCGUUAGUCGACGAUUCAGUCGACGAGUUUUUAAAGGCUAAUAUUCGCACUGAACAAUCCUCUCAAAAAGACCCAAUUUUUGGGCUAAACACGAAUGCCGGCGAUAUUCGUUCUCCAACUUUUACUCCUAAAUCUGGAGAGGACGCAUUUGAAGACGAAUGCAUUAGAAUGGAAACAAAUGUCUCGUCCCAGAAAUCUGUUCAGUUGUCGGAAAACGCAGCAACUACACGGCAACUCAAGAGUCGUCUCGAUUCCUCACAGAAUCUUUGCGGUUCUACUCGUUUUGAUGCACCAUCAAGUGUUCCUUCACAAAAACAACCGUUGCUCUCACCGGAAACGUCUCCUUUGGAUGGUCAUUUUUCGACAACAGCAGGUGUAGACGAGUUUCCUGCACUUCCGCAUAAAAACUCUCUGAGCGAAACCACUUUCCCCAACAGCGAUCACUUACAGUUCCCAGAUUUGAAGAGAAAUGUUUGGGCUGACUCACAAGAGUCGUACGCUUCAAUGUCUAGUGAACCCGACACCUCACCAACAUACCUUGAUUUUCCUCAACCAACAGAUUUGAAAUCAAGCCGCUCAGUACCAAAAGUCCGUGAACCUGAUGCUUAUGAUGGCAAUUCAAAUCCAGAUUCCGGCAUCGCGAAACGUACUUCUGCGAAGCGUACUGCAGUGCAAAAGCUUGCCUCUUCUUCAGCACCUGAACUUCGUUCCUCGUGUACAAAUGAGAGAGUGGGACGUCCACAGCUGAUGCCUCUUUCCGACUUGACCCGUUCCCCUACUACGUGCGCUGCGGCAUUUGAUGCUUGCCCUUCGUUGUUUCAGGGCAAGUCACCUCUAUUGACGGUAAAGAGGGAGCCGCUCGAGUCUUCUUCGUCGUCGGCUCCUGUGACUAUGCCCUAUAAUAUUGAGCAACAGGUUCACUCAGUUCCAUACCAGAUUUACCGUCAGCAACUUUGCCAGCAGCUGCAAAUGCCACCAUUUUCUUCUUGUCAAUCGCAACAAUACUAUUCCUCUUCACCGAGACCCAUUGCCUAUCCUCCCAAUGUUCAACUUCCUCAGCAGUCUGCGCCCAUUUAUGCUUAUGCAUCUCAACAACUAUCUAAUGCAUCAUUUCCAUCAACACCUUCCAUCCCUACGAUGCCAACAACUGGCUAUGCUAUAAACAACCCUAACACGAUGAAUCAGCAAGCAUCGAAUUACGCACCCGCACAACCCUGGGGCUAUUCAAUUAUGCCGAUGCAUGAACGUUAUAGUUGAACUACUAUAAUGAGUGUCUUGCGAACAUUAUUUACGUAUUCUUGGGCUGUCCAUUUCGACACUUAAAACCACUGGCUAUUUGGUGAUCCUCUUUCUCAUUUCCUUUUUUCCUUUUUCUAAUCACAUUAUUGUCAACCAUUAACCGCACUAAUUAGCAGGAAAACGAACCUUAUACAUUUUGGAAACACACUUUUCUUCUCCUUUUUCGUCGUUCGUUUCCCCAACUCUCCAGUUUUCCCACUUUCUCUCCUCUGUUAAUUUCAUUCAUGUGAGGGUCCUUCAUAAGCAUUCAUGCUUCCGAUUUUCUAUUGUUCCACCGUUGUUGUUUCUUGCAAGGUUAAUGACAAAGUUACCUAUAAUUGAUUACGCCUGUUCCUAAAUAUAUGUACACAAAUGAAACCUUCUUGUCUCGACCA